AUUUCCAAAUUACAUUUUCUCUCACAUCUUCCUCAAAUCGAUUUUAUGUGCAAAGAUUUACAGAGACAGAGUUUCAUUUCCAAGAGAACACCAUUAAGCCAACUGAAGUCUCCUUAGUGAUGGAGAAUUAUACUGGCUUAUAGAAGAGAUCUGAGACACGCUUCAUUUUGAGUGUGGAAUUCUACUUCAGAUUCUCUUUCCCAGAAGAUUCUCAAGCUCAAAUAGCAUCAUCACAGUUGGAAUGCAGGUUAAACUAGUCUCUCACAGUGUGUAGUUUUCUACCGUGUCAAGAUAUCUCUUAAUAUAAGAAAGAUAAAGGCUGAGUCAAAACUAGAUGCUUGCGCUUUGUUGGUAGUUACUCGGAGCUUGACAUUUCACGAAAAUAUCAUUGGUUUUUGAACAAGAUAAAGGCCUAGUCAAAACUAGAUGCCUGCGCUUUGUUGGUAGUUACUUGAAGCUUGACAUUCCACAAAAAUAUCAUUGGCUUUUGAGCAAGAUAUAUUGAUGGAGAUCAUAAUUGCUAUUGUAUCAAAGGUUGGAGGAUACCUAGUGGAGCCUUCCAUAUUUUGUUUCAAAAAAAAUUUUGAAGAUCUUUCGGAAGUAGAAAAGCAAAUGCAAUUGGCAAAAGCAGACAUCGAGAAACGUGUUGAAACAGCCAAAAACAAUGAUGAAAAAAUUUUUAAAAGUGUACUAGACUGGCUAGAUGAUACAAGCAAAAUCUUGGAAGAGGUUGAGAUGUUGAAAAAUGAAAUAGAAGUCAAUCAGUUGAAGACUUGUUUUAAUGGGUGGUGUCCUAAUUGGAGGUCUCGACAUCGAUUGGGUAGGAAAGCAACAAAGACAAGCAUUCAGUUGAAGGAAAUUAUAAAUAAAGGCCAAUUUGAAGGCGUGGGCUGUCGUCCUCUUCUAUCAGGUGAACCUUUAGCACCUAAAGAUUUUGAAUUUUCCCGGUCUAUGAGGGAUGCUUUUGAUAAGAUUAUGGAGGCAUUUAAAAAUGAUGGCACCCAUGUGGUUAUAUUGUCUGGGAUGGGCGGUGUGGGUAAAACAACUUUAGCAAAAGUAGUGAGUAAAAAGGUCACUGAAGAGAGCAUCUUUAAGGAGGUUGUGAUGGUUACUGUAUCCCAAACUCCAAACUUUAGAAAUAUUCAAGGUCAGCUGGCUGACCUCUUAAAUUUGGAACUUAUGGAGGAAACUGAAGAGGGAAGAGCUAAGAGAUUGUUUUCAAGAUUGUCAAAUUCUAAUAAUAACCUUAUAAUCCUGGAUGAUGUUUGGGAAGAAUUCGAUUUCGAGGAUAAAAUAGGUGUUCCAUUGAGCAAAGGUUGCAAAGUGCUUCUGACAACCCGCAACAAAAACGUAUACAGUGACAGGGAGUAUCAAUCAUUAAUUCCUCUAAAUGUUUUAGAGGAAGACGAAGGAGUGGCUUUACUCAAAAGGCAAGCACGUAUAGAUGAUGACUUUGAUAGCUUGAAUACUUUGGCUACUGAAAUUGCUAGAGAAUGUGAUGGUUUGCCUUUAGCGCUUGUAACCAUUGGAAAUCACUUGAGAGGAAAGAAGGAUACUGAAACAUGGGAAUUUGUGUGUGAAAAACUAAAAAAGUCAAAACUGGAGGAUAUAGGUCAUGUUUAUAGUGAACAGAGAGGUGUCUAUGCCAGUCUUAAGUUGAGUUAUGAUUAUUUGAAGACAAAUGAUAUUAAAUUCUGUUUUUUGAUGUGUUCACUGUUUCCUAAGGAUUUUGAAAUUCCUUUGGAGGAUUUGGUUAGAAUGGGAGUGGGGUUAGAUUUAUAUAAAGAUGUUUCAUCCAUUGAAGAAGCAAGAAUGGCCCUACGUUCAAUGGUUGAAACCCUGAAGGCUUUGGGUUUGCUAUUAGAUGCUUAUGAAAAAGAAUUUGUGAGAAUGCAAGGUAUAGUUCAUGAUGUUUCUCUAUGGAUAACAUCAAAGGGGGAGAAUAUAUUCAUGAGCAAGAUUCACAUGGAUUUGACGCAGUUGACAAGGGAGAAAGGCUGGAAACAAUAUACAGCAAUCUCUUUGUUGGAAAACAAACUAGAAGAGCUCUCUGUUAGACUGGUUUGUCCUAAGCUUGAAAUAUUGCUAUUGGGUGGUGAAAAACAAUGGUUUUCCAAUCUGUUGAAAGUUUCAGAUGAAUGUUUCCAAGAGAUGAAAGCACUAAAAGUUUUAAGUUUAAGAUAUGUAGACCUUUCAUUGAAAUCACUUCAAUUCUUGGCAAAUCUCAAGACUCUAGAGUUGUCUGGUUGUAUUUUGAGAGACAUUUCUUUCCUUGCCAAGCUGAACAAACUUGAGAUUCUUAGCUUUAGAGGUUCUCGUUUUGACGAAUUACCACUAGAAUUGAGUGAACUUAAAGAACUAAGAAUGUUGGAUUUAAGUGAGUGUUCUGAGCUAAAAAGAAUUCCUUCCAAUUUGAUACGAAGCUUUUCUCAACUAGAAGAAUUAUACAUGGAGGACAUCUUUGAAGAAUGGGAGGUUGAAGAGAAAAGUAUAGAAACAGGCGAUGCUAGGCUUUUAGAGGUAAAUUGUCUAUCUCGCUUGGCUGUUCUGUAUUUGAAAAUACAUUCAAAAUGCCUUCCACAAGACUUUGCUUUCUCUGAACUUUCAAGGUAUAAAAUUUUUGUGAACGAAACUUAUGGAUCUUCAGAAUCAUCAAAAGCUUUAAUAAUUGCUGAUAUUGAUGCAACCUUAUUGACUGCAUUAUUUAAAGCACUCUAUCACAGUGUAGAAUAUCUUAGUUUGAAAAGAGUAACAUGCUGUCAAAAUAUCCUCCCAAGCAUUGACCAAAAGGGAUUGAAGAAGUUGAAUACUCUUGAGGUUAGAGAUUGUAAAGACUUGAAAUGCAUGAUAGAUGCAUCGCAAGUGGGGGAAGAAAAUCCUAAGUUGCAUCCAAGUUUAGCAAAGUUAGAGUUGGAAGUGUUACCAGAAUUGCAGUGUAUAUGGAAGGGGGCCAUGCCCAUGCACGUUGUAAACUUCCAAAGUCUUACGGAUGUUUAUGUGAGAGGGUGCAAAAGCUUGGCUUAUCUUUUCACUUUAUCAAUUGCUCUAAGUUUGGGGCAGUUGAAAUCACUCCGUGUACAAUAUUGUGAGAGUUUGGAGUUCCUGAUCAAGAUAGAAGAGGGUGAUAAUGGCAGGGGAGAGAAAAUGUUGUCAAAAUUAGAAGAUCUCCGAAUUGAAAGAUGCAAGAGAUUGGAAUAUGUUUUUCCAGUGUUUGUUGCAGUAGGUCUUAUACAACUUAAAAAUCUUGAAAUAAAAGAUGCAGCAGAGUUGAAGCAAGUAUUUCAUGGAAAAGAAGAAAAUGAAGUUGCAAAGGAAGGAAAUGACAUCAAGUUGCCUAAUUUAAAAAAGCUAAAGCUUUACAAACUUGCAAAGCUUAUCAGAUUCUUUCCAAAAAAUAAUCAUUCAACCCUGCCAGCUUUGGAGAAAUUGUGUGUUCUAGGCGUGGGCAAUUAUAAUCAGUCUACUGAAAAAGUUCUCUCUGGAUUAAGACGUGGAGUAAAAGUUGUAUUUCAGUUGGAAGACCUAAUCAUUGAAAGACAACAACAUGAAGCACUUCCAAAAUUAAAUCAUCCGGAAGAACUAGAAGGUUUAUGUAUAGGUCAUGCUCAUGUUCUAAGGUUGGAGAAUCUAACCACUUUAACAAUAGGUGAAUGCAAAAAGCUGAAACAUAUCUUCUCAUUUACUCUUGCUCAGAGGUUGGGUCAAUUGGAAUCACUUUCAGUAUGGGAUUGUGAGAAUUUGGAACAAGUAUUUUAUUUGGAUCAUGAAAGAGAAGAAUAUGUAGGUGGAGGAGAUCAUAAGAGCAUUGUGCUUCCAAAAUUGAAGUAUUUAUAUCUAGAAGGACUUGCAAAGCUAGUAAGCUUCUUUCCAGAAAAAUAUGAUGCAUGUUGUCCAGCUUUGGUAGAGUUCAUAGUAGAAGACUGUUCCAAAUUAACUACAACUUUCAUUGGUGAAGAGUCUGAGGAGCUGCAAGUUGUAAAUAUGAGUAAUUGCAGUAGUCAAUUGUGUAAUGGAAUUCUCUCUGGGUUGAGAUGUCGCUUCUUCAAAAGAGUAGAAGAAUUAAGCAUUGAAAAUUGCAGAGUAAGAGAGGUAUUUCAAUUGACAGAACUAGAACAUGAAUUAUCAUUCUCAAAUUUGACGAAUUUGACCUCUUUAACAAUAACACACUUCAACAAGCUCAAACAUAUCUUCUCACCAAUUGUUGCUCGAAAUCAUAUGUUGCAAUUGAAAGAGCUGUGCAUCAGAGAAUGUGAGGAAUUGGAGCAAAUCAUUGAUGUUAAAGAUGGUGAAGAAGGUGGAGCAAAUCUUCUCCAAACUCUAUCAGAUAUUAGAGUGGAAAAGUGCCAUAAAUUGAAACAUCUGUUUCCAAUCUCCAUAGCUCGGGGUUUUCAACAAUUGAAAUACCUAGGAGUAAUUGAUAACUCUGAAUUAGAACAAAUAUUUGGAGACAAUGAUGUGACUGAUGAGAAAGAAAUCCAAUUGCCUCAACUUAAGACUAUGUACCUGGAAGAUUUACCAAGACUCACCAACUUUUGCCAUGUGGGUUAUCACUUCAUAUUUCCAACACCACCACUUUUUCGGUUGGCAGUCAAACGAUGUCCAAAGAUAAGUACAAGAUUUUCAUGGGAUGAAGAUAAUAAAAGUGUGCAUGCGGCAGCAAAGGCACCCAAAAUAGGUAGUGAAGAUGAAAGUCAUGAAGAGACGUCUACAGAUCUCUAUUGUUGGGAUAAUUUUACAAAUAUACCUCGGUACAUAAAAAAUGAAGAGCUUUAUUCCAAUUCUCAUCCAAUAGAAUGAAGAAAAUAAUCCUGAAACUUAGAAUCAUGCUCAUCAUUUCUAAUCAGUUGGCUCCAUCAAAUCCAAUGAAGAUUAGUCUGUUUGAAGGGAAGCAAAAAAAUAAAUAAAUAAAAAUCAAUUUAUUGUCUUCAAUUCGAUGAAUUUUCUAAACUUCACUUGUUAUAUAUAUAAUUUCUGA